AUGGCGGACAGCGCUGCUCACAGUGAUAAUGAUGAGGACCUCGUCACGGCGACCCGGCGCUUCAAAGUGCCGCUUCCAGCGGUCCAGCGCGAGACGGAGUACCGCGUCAAGGUGAGUCAAAGCAUGGGCAACAUUUGCAAGAAAGAGGAGAGCCAGGAGGGUCUUGACUUGCACAACCUUUGGUUGCAGGUCAAGAUGGAGGUGAAGGAAGAAAUCGAAGCUAUGGGGGGCGACCCGGGCGGAUGGGUCAAGACGGAGCCAACAGAGUCCAAGGUGAAAAUCGAGUCUUCCUUUUCGACCGCCGCAGCCGGGGAAGACGGCACAAGCAUCAAGCGCCAGCCGAAAGUCAAGGUGGAGAAGGGGCAAUCAGACGGAAAGGCUGCCGUGGGGAAAGCAGAGCCAGUGUCUUUGGAAGAGACUGGCCGUUCUGGGCACAGCCUGGCUGGCAACAAGCUGCCGGAUCUUGAGGACCAGAUGACGGCGUGGGCCCGGCAGUGCGCGGAGUUCCGCAGGAAGUCAACUUGGAUGCCCUCAAGGCCCUGCUGCCCGGCAAGCCUCUUCUUCAGCUCCUCCAUCGUGCCGGAAGAGAAGGACCCGCCCUGCGUGCAGCGCUUGUCUCAGAAGGAGCUGUGCUGCCUGCGGCGCUUCUUUGAGCGUGGGCAUCCCAUCUUUGCUGCACCACUGCCAGCGGCUGAUCCGAUGACGAACCCUUCAGCACGUGCUGCAGCAGCCGCCACGCAAGAAGAUGCUAGCUUCCCGGCCAGCGGCGCGGCAUGCAUGAAGAUGUGGCCGUGGAUGCGUGACCUGCCCAGCAGCAUCUGGGCUGGUCGCGGCUUGGCCUACGAUGAGCAGCGCGGCUUGCGGCGCUUGUCCUGCGCAGGCGGCGCAGAAGCCAUGCAAGACGUCCAAGUCUGGGAGUCUGUUGGAGCUGCUGGGCAGCCGGCUGCUCAGCCGCCAACCGCCGCACAGUCAGCUGCUGCAACGGCAGUCGGGGAUGCAAGGGUAAAUGUUUCAGGAAAUGCCGUGAAGCCUGCGAAGGUGCUUUCCAAGCAGCAGGAGAAGCAGAGUGGUGUUCCUGGCAUCAGCUGGCAAAGUCGCUGUUUUUGUUGGCAGCUCCGAUGGACUGAAAAAGACAAAAAGGGAGCCAGCGCACGACAUAUCAAAAAUUUUACCACCAGCAGCUUCAUGAAGCAGGGCCUGAAUGAGGUGGAGGCUGAGGCCGCCGCCCUGGAGGCCGCCAAGGCCUUCCGCGCGCAGCUGGUGGCCCAGGGCCGCAUCAAGGAGAAGCUCCGGGACGAGAGCCUCACCUCCGACGUGCCCGGGGUGAAAUUUGAAAAGGCAAAUAAGAAGUGGCGGGUAGUGAUCCCCAAGCCCGGCGGAGGGAGAAUCCAGGGGGGCUACUUCACGGAGAAGGCCGAGGCGGAGGCCCGCGCCACUGAGCUGCGGGAGCUCCACGGGCUGCAGCGCACCGUGAAGCGCUGCGCUGCCCGGGCGGAGCUGCCGGCGUUCCAGCCCAAGGUGGCGUUCCCGGGCGUCGGUUGGCACACGCGAAGUCAAUGCUGGCAGGCAGACACCGGCGGAAGGAACCGAAAGCAACGCACUUUCAAGCCCCUGGACCACUCAGAGCUGGAGCUGGAGAAGGCCUUCGCCACGGCAGUGGCAUGGCUCAAGAAGCAGCGGAAGGAGAGCCAAGCCGGAGAAGGCGCUGCAGCGAAGGGCAAGAUUGACAACAAAAGAAGGAGCAAGAAGGGCUGA